AUGGAGACUGCAUUUCAGGAUGCUUGGCAAACCGCAGUCCAAGCCGAAAAAGAUCUUCUCAAGACACUCGCAGACAAAGAGCCAACCUUUGCAGAAAUCGCCCACUGCCUUGCGGAGUUCCGUACGACAUGUCGCAACGCUAUAUUCAUCGAUUUUGAUGCCGCUGCGGCGGAAAAUGCUGAAGCUCGCUUAUGGGAUGCGCAUGUCAAAAUCAAUGCUCGUUUUCGCAAACUUCUGGCGCGAUUUCGGGAUGAUGCAGGCAAAAAGAAACCUGUCGAGAAGCGAAAGCUGGAAAAGCAUUAUCUCGACUUUAUAAAAUUGAGCCAGAAGUUUUACAGGGGGUAUAUCCAACAUCUGGCGUUGCAUUAUGCCGGAAUUCCCGAGUUGGAGAAGGUCGCGAAGAAAUUCAGCUUUGAAAACCUCUCAGUGGAAACUCCGGCCAACCCUGAUCUUGACUUGCGUAGCAGGAUACUUCAAUCCUGCCACGCUACUCUAAUACGCUUGGGCGAUUUAUCGCGCUAUCGUGAGACAGAGCUUGUAUCGGGUAAAGAACGGAAUUGGGGACCUGCAAUUGGUUAUUACGAUCUUGCAAGUAUCAUCUAUCCAGCUUCCGGUGCUUCGCACAACCAGCUCGCGGUGAUUGCAUUGGCCGACGGCAACCACCUCAGAGCUACCUACCAUUUAUAUCGAGCACUGUCAGCACAAGAGCCCCGUCCAGGUUCCAAGGGGAACUUGGAAAUAGAGUUUAAGAAAGUUCUUAGUGCUUGGGCGAGAAAAGAACUUAUCCCACGGGAAGAUGCUGGUAUCCCUGGAAAGGCGUUGACUCCUUGGUUUGUGUACCUACAUGCACAAUGUUACAAGGGGCUCGACUUUCCGGAACACGACGAGCUCGAAAACGAGGUACUCAGUCAGCUAGCAGUUGACCUGAAAGAGAGAUCUCUUGAAGGUACUCUUCAGAAGUUUGUUCUGAUAAAUAUCGCGGCGGAAGAGCUUGCCAAAACUAGAUCUAAAAGCGAACCAACUCAUAACGCACAGCUAUUCUUCCAGAGGAUUAAUGUCAAAACUUUUUUCACGCUCCUUCAAAUUCUUUUGGCUGAGCUUGAACGCUUCGCAACCGAAGAUUCCGAAUCCAAAGAAUCUCAACAUGGAUCGGAAAAAGUCACUGUUGUUGCACGGCGUGUCUUGCCCGCUCUCCGAAACUACAGCUCGUGGCUUCUGACGAAUUGUGUCUCAUUGACGGCACAAAAGCAAGACAAGGAUACAGUUCUUGCAGUACAGAUUCAGGAGUUUUGGAAGAUCUAUGCCAAUACAUUGACAUUGCUAGCAUCAACCUUUGAUGUCACGAGUCUUCCAGAAGUUGAUUAUCUUCUAGAGGAAGAUGAGGAGACACUUGGCUUUAAGCCGCUCAUCAAUGAUGCAACUAGCCGACGUUAUCUAUCAGAGAAUGCUAGCAAGACAAAGCCUAGAAUGCUCGAUCCAGGCAUUGAGAGGAAUCAUCCUAAUAUUGAAAUGCUAUAUCGAAUCCGAGAAUUCGUUAUCGAUGGACUGGAUCUCGUUAUUAGCAAUCGAAUCCCAAUCACUCUUGUUGAUGAAAAUGAACGCAAGAUGUUCAUUUACCAAGAGGAGGGACUUCCUUCCCAGUUCUAUGCAAGCCCUCGAGGACCUCAGCCUACUAUUUCGUCAACGAGCGUUCAAAGAGAUGAGAUCCGCAAUGCACAGCGUGGAAGAAAUGUGACGACGGAAGGCCGGAGUGCCUUUGGUGGUUCUCAAUCAGCUUCUAUCUCGGCUUCUACGAACUUCAAUCGUAUCGUUGAAGGCGUCGAAAAACUGGUAGAGUCAGACACCUAUGAAGCACCGCCAGCAAUGCCACAAGUGCCGGAAUUUAUGCGACCAAUGCAAUCUUCGACUACCUAUCCCAACGUAAUCAAUUUGCAAAGUACGCCUCAGCAUGUUCCAUAUCAGACGCCAAUGGUACCCCCUGGUUUUGGGUCGCAAGGUUCUCCAGCACCACCCCAAACCUAUGCGCCCCUGUACACAAGCUCGAGUAUCUGGGGACCUAAUAACACCUCGCUGUCUAACAAUGACGUAUCCCCUCAUCGGUUCAAUGCCACCCAAGCACUGGGGUCCUCCCAGUUAUCAGCAGGGGCGCAAGAAGCUUACAUUCCGAGUCCUAGUCUAGUCGCUUUGCAAAACGGGCUGCACUUACAACAACAGGAAAUUGAAGGGCGGUCGUCCUCGCAACCGUUUAGUUCAAGCUGGUCAUCGACCAAUCUCACACAACCGGGUUGGGAUAGAAAUCAAUUUGAGGGCGGGCCUCCAUACCGUGCUUCACUGCUUCAGCAUGAGUCAGUUCCAGGUUAUGAUUAUCCAUCGCAGCAUAAUCAGGCUUUUAUUGCUUCAACCUUGUCUCCGUCUCAUGCUUCUGAUAAUCGGCAAAGUACGCAGAAUAGUUCGGCUCGGUUCGGGGCUAUUGGUCAGCAGACUCCUCCCUGUGGCCAGGCGGGUUGA